UAAAAUGGAGACAAGACGCAGAAAAAAAAGAAAGCAAACAAUAGACACAAACCAAGAAAUAGCGAAGAGGUUUCAAGGAAAGUUUAUAGACUCUAAACACACAUAGAAAAGUCCAACAACAUAGGAAGAGUCUCCCUUUUCCAUAACAAAACAAACAAUACCAAACAAUUUCAUUGUUUCUUUUCUCUCUCUUUGAUUUCUGAAACUUAGAUUGUUUUUGAUCUAAACAUACCCAUUUCAAUGUUAGUGAGCUAAGUUGUUUCAAUUGAGUUACAGAGUUUAAUAUGGGCAAUUGCUUUGGAUCUCAGCCCGGUGAACCUAAUCCAAGUGCCUCUAACCCCAGCUCCACCACUAGACCUUCUUCAACUACAACAGGGAAUUCGAGUUUUUACAGCAACGGUGCCGGACUUUCGGCUACAAGCAGCAGUGCCGGUCAAAGCCGGUUUUCGGCAGCGGUGAGUGUGAGCGAGGAGACGUUGUCGACCGGAGAAAUAUUGCCGACGCCAAACUUGAGGAUAUACAGUUUUGCGGAUUUGAAGAGUGCCACAAGAAAUUUCAAGUCAGAUACAGUGUUGGGUGUGGGAGGUUUUGGCACUGUGUUUAAAGGGUGGGUUGAUGAGCAUACACUUGCUCCAGCCAAAUUUGGCACCGGAAUGGUUGUCGCAAUCAAGAAAUUAAACCCUGAAAGUAUGCAGGGCUUUGAAGAAUGGCAGUCCGAAGUGAAUUUCUUAGGGAGGCUUUCUCAUCCGAACCUUGUUAAGCUGUUGGGAUACUGUUGGGAGGAUAAAGAACUUCUACUUGUAUACGAAUUUAUGCAGAAGGGAAGCUUGGAAAACCAUCUUUUCAGACGGAGUUCUGCAGUUGAACCACUUUCUUGGGACAUAAGGCUCAAAAUAGCCAUUGGUGCUGCACGGGGCCUAGCUUUCUUGCAUACUUCGGAAGGACAUGUUAUUUACAGAGACUUCAAGGCUUCUAAUAUACUGCUCGAUGGGAACUACAAUGCAAAAAUAUCAGAUUUUGGCUUAGCAAAAUUGGGGCCUUCAGGUGGAAACUCACACGUGACAACCCGAGUUAUGGGCACAUAUGGUUAUGCUGCUCCAGAGUACAUUGCAACAGGUCAUUUGUAUGUAAAGAGCGACGUGUACGGUUUCGGUGUUGUGCUGUUGGAGGUGCUGACGGGUAUGCGGGCACUCGAUACCAAACGCCCCAGUGGGCAGCAAAAUUUGGUUGAGUGGACGAGGCCUCUUCUUUCUCAAAAACGGAAGCUAAAAUCCAUUAUGGACGUACGUAUAGAAGGUCAGUAUUCUACCAAGGCGGCAUUGGAGGCCGCACAACUCACGCUAAAAUGCCUGGAAGCGGAGCCUAAAAACCGGCCCUCCAUGAAAGAAGUUGUGGAGGUGUUGGAAAGGAUCGAAGCUAUGAAGGAAAAACCGAAAGAAUCAAGAAUUAACACCUCCAAAUCUACAGGUCAUCGAAGCCUUGGACAACAACCGCCUAAUCGACACCGUUCUCCACUUCACCGAAGCUACCAUGGCGUUGGAAAAGGAGCCGGAAGAUAUCAAACAUCACAUUGAACAUGGUAAGCUGAUAGAUUGGAUUCAACAAUGUGCAUGUUUCGUCGAUCAAAGUGUUUUUUUUUUUGGUUAUUAUUAUCAAAUUUUUGUUUCAACUUCUUCUUACAAUCUUUUUUCCUUCCCUUUUUUCUUCUUUCUUCACAAAUUUUGUACUGGCUGUUGCCAUUUGUAACAUGCAAUGAUUGUGUUGCUGACACUAUACCGUGAUUUUAAUAUAAUCAUUUGUGAACAGAAUUACAAAUUUCAUCCGUCA